AUGUCUUCCACAGUCGUUGCGUACAAGGAGAUUAUCUCCGAGGCUCAGUUCUUCCACAUCACCUACGCCAUGAUUGCGCUCCCUUCAGCUCUCGUUCUUGCGCGUAUCGGCAUACAGGUGUGGAAGCGAAAAGCCAUGGAAUUGCAAGACUAUCUGCUAUACUUGGCUUACGCUUUCUUUCUUACCAUAUCGAUCUGCUACCUCUUUAUGGUUCCGACGGUCUUCGCCGUUGGCAAAGUCAAAAUGAAGGCGAUGAAGCCCUGGCCAACGUUCGAAGCUGACCUCAUCUUCUACUUCCGGCUACUGUAUGUAACAACGAACGGGUUCUGGCUUACACUUUGGUCGGUCAAGUUUUCCCUACUAGCACUUUACAAGAAGUUGCUAGAAGGCCUCCCUAGGGUGUACAAGAGACUCUGGUGGGCCGUCCUCGUAUUUUGCAUCGUUAUGGCACGCCCACAGAAGAUCGCCAUCAUCUCACUGUUCGCAUCAGGCUUCGUCAUUAUAACCUUUGCUACCCUGCGCGUUGUGCAAAUCAGUACAAAGGCUGGCCACGGAGUGUCACCGAGUCCAACUUGGCUCUCCCUUUGGACCGUAAUCGAGUCGUCUAUAGCUGUUUGCAUCGGCUGCGCCCCCGCUUUCGCUAUCUUCUACCGCAGUGCCCACACGCCUCACGUCUCCUACGAUACCCAUGGCUACAUUCGACAAAAUCCGAGCCGAUCCGGAGCAGACCCAAACCAUCCAGACGCCAUCAAGAUGAGUGCUGUUACUGUUACAACUAGCAGAAAGAGGGGUGGUAAGCGCGACAUAUACUGGGAUGACACACGAAGUAGCCAAGAAGCACUCGCGGCGGACAACAAGCACAUCAUGGUCACUACUACAUUGGAGCAGGACAACCGUCGCUCCAACCUGGAACAAUGA